CCCACUCCGCGUGAGCGCUUAAUUGUCAGCUUUGACGACAGCUCGCGCGAGCUUAAAUACCGUGUGCGCCUCGUGCAUUCAGGAACUGAACAAGUUGUCCAAGCGGGUAUCUCUCUCUCUCUGUCUCGUGUGUGUGUGUGUGUGUGUGGCUUUCAUUUUUGAAAUUCUCCUCGUGCGUCCUUUGCUCGAUCCGUGCCGCAGACCGCGCGACCAUCAUGCAGGUGUCUCUGGCCCUCCUCGUCUCCAGCUCGGCGCUCGUGCUGCUCCAGGGAUGCUGCACCGCCGUCCGGGGCUGGAAGCUGCUGAAGAACGGAGCCACGGAGAUCUUACCGGAGUACAGAGAGAACGCACGGACACCCCAGGAGGAGGCGACACCACCGGCGUCCGGUAACAACAACAACAACAACAACAACAACAACAACAACAACAACAACACUUUGAAUAACAGGGCGAAAAACGGCGGAAGGACCGCAAACACAGUCUCCUACAGUUCCUCGGAGCUGAGCUGUAGGGAGCUGCGCUCCACCCGUUACAUCAACGACGGGUCUUGCCGCAGUGCCAAGCCUGUCAAGGAGCUGGUGUGUUCGGGCCAGUGCAUGCCGGCACACCUCAUGCCCAACUCCAUCGGCCGCGGCAAGUGGUGGAGGGGCAGCGCUUCGGACUACCGCUGCAUCCCGGCCCACUCCCGGACAAGGAGGGUCCAGCUGCACUGUCCCAACGGCAACACUCGGACUUACAAAAUCCGCGUGAUCACCUCCUGCAAGUGCAAGCGCUUCAGGCCCCACCACAACCAAUCAGAGGCCAAGGAGGUCCCGAAGACGCAACGCAACAAGAAGAACAGCCGGAGCAAGAACAACACGCCAACACUGUUGGGCAACUCGUACUGAUGCUCCUCUCCAGCAUCCGAAGGACAGACACCAAAGCACACUCCCUCACACACACACACACACACACGUUACACAACACACAACAUAUCUCCUUCAAAUAGGGAGGAGAUGCAAAAGAAAUUUCAAAGAGAGCGAAUUCAUAAGCUAAUUGCUGGGCUGGUUUUAAGUCAUCAGUCUUUAUUUUUCAGCCACUUGUCAGCAUAUUUGUGAACUCUGCUGCUUAUUUGCAUGAGUGCCAGGGGCUUGCCGCCACUUUGACUGGUCAGGCGAUGUAGCACAAGUUUAUGGUCGCCCCAACUGCUCCCUGGGCUUGGUUUUCUGCCCUUCACUCAAACAGAUUUCAUUUAAUGAGAAGUCCUCCCUGAGGCUUCGAGCCCCAUCUGUACAAACAUCCAGCGGUAGCAGAGCUACACAGCCUUGUUUUAAAGCUGAAAAGGUGUAUCUUCGCUCCAAAGUGGUUGUAAUCCAUCUCCUUUUGGCUGUGUGUGUGUGUGUGUGUGUGGAGGAGAUCGCAGCAGCACUGGGGGCUCUGAUGGUGGGAUGUUGACAGGUUUUGAGAGGCCCUGACCUGUACGGCGGUCCAGGCAGCUCUCUGACAGCCCACCAAAGGCCUCGCUCAUCAGGACAGCCCCACUGCACUCUCCACGCUGCAGCAGCCCCAACCAGGCCUGUCAGUUACAGUAGUUCCCAUGACUAGAUACAGAGAGUCAGGAGAGACAGAGAUUUGGGGGGGGGGGGGCAGUUUGCAGUUUUGACACCACGAGGGCACUAGGCAUUCCUGUGACUCCUCUUAAUUACUAAAUGAGCUCAUUCCUGUGUUAUUUGAGUCAUAAAAAGCCAUUUCCUCUAGCCAGUUCCUGUUUGCUGGAAUCACACACAGAAAAAAAAGGUGCACAUGUGUGCAGGAGGAGUCAUCAGAAAAUUGAGUGUGGUUGUGUUGUUACUUAAGGGCAGAGCAUUCUCCAGCACGCCCACACCGGAAUUCUUUUGUACCGGGCCAAAUAGAGCAGCGAUCAACCAUCCGCAGCCAAAAUCCAUCCGUUGUGUUCGAGACACCCUCUGCGCUCCCAUGCUGUAAAUAGCUCAAACAGGAAAGAUAGGAGUAAAAAUAACACAAAGAAAACAAUAAUUCAGCGUAUUGACUGAUAAAAUCUGGCCCCAGUCUGUCACCGCAGACAACACAACCUCCUUCCUCCGCAAUGGGACUGUACUUCAUGAAGAAUAUUCACAAUGUUUCCGCAUAUUGUCAGCACUGUGUCAAUUUUCCGCUCAUAUCUUUUUUUUUUUUUUUUUUUUUUGUCUAAACUGUACUGACAAUGUUUGCUUCUUUUCCUAAAUGUUUGUUUUGAAAUAGCAACUGGAAGCUGAGAGCUGUGAUUGUACAUAUCAUACCUGUGUGGUCCAUGGCAGUGGUGCCCUCACUAAAGAGGGAGCGAGGGCUGUUUUUCUACAGACGCAAAAGAAGGACUGUUGUAAAAGAAUGAACGGCAUAUUUAUUUUUUAUUUCCACAUUUAAAUUAUUUAUGCAACCUUUUUUGUAGUAAAUGAUAGCCAUUAUUGUCGUAUAGUAUGAUAGAGACUUUGGAAAUGAAAUACUGUACAGACCAUGAAUAAAGUAAAGGAAGAUAUAUUUGAAA